GGCGCUGAUCAGACACACAGGGCCUGAAGCAGGGAGCUUUUGUUACAGCUAGAGGGAGAGAGGGAGGCAGUAACGUUAAAAUACAUGGGAGCAAGAUUUCUUUAAAUUUCACACCAACGUUAGGACAAAAUACAAAAACCCUCAAACGUUUCCAUAUAAAAAAUACCGGCCAUGGGAACUGAACGCUGACCGCGAAUUACACCCUCUCUCCUUUUUAAUGAAUAAAUUGGAGUUGGCCAAAGAAGAGGCCUGUACUUUAGCGAGCUAGCUGGUAUUUUCCACGCUUUUGUUGUAGCUAGCUGUCUUUUUAAAGUGUCGCAUCGGGAGGCUCUCAUAUUGGCCGUUUGUUUAGAAUGGAAGUCGCCGAAGGCCCUGAAAGAAAAAGGGAAAGUUAAGGAUGCCGCAGCAGAACAAUGGAUUUCUCCUUCUCUUUCAUGCAAGGGAUCAUGGGAAACACAAUUCAACAACCGCCUCAGCUCAUUGACUCGGCCAACAUUCGGCAGGAGGAUACGUACGAUGCCAGCAGCAACCUGGGCGAGAAUGGAGGCCGUUCAACUUAUGAUUCAGCCUUGGAGUCUGGCUUUUGCUACCCUCCCUCAGCCCCUGAAGACCUGCCAGGUGUCACAAAUGGCUACCUGCCUACAAUGGGCCUGUAUGAGUCCCAGACCAAAUAUGGCAUGUACUCGCAGUUCCCCAAUGGCUCCGCUAAUGGCUACAGUGCCAUCCGCAAUUAUGGAGAUCACUAUCUUGUGCCAGGGGAAGGUAUUGUUCUGAGAGCCCCUGUUGUCCAUGAGAAACCUCCGCCUUCUUCCUCACCAGUUUCCCAUCCACACCAUCACCAUCAACAGCAGAAUCAUCUUCAGAGUACCAACAGCCCCCUACCUUUGCACACACAGCAUCACCCUCUUCCACCUCAUCUCAUGCCUCAUGUUGUGCCUCCACCUGUAGUCCUGCCCAACUCCCCUCCAGCUCCCUCGCCGUUGAACAGGACGCCACCGCACCCCUUAGCUCUAGUGCCACUGCCAUCCAACUUGUCCAAGAAGACUGGAUCCCCUGAGAUCAAACUGAAGAUCAUCAAGACGUACCAUAAUGGCCGGGAGCUGUUUGAGUCAGCCCUCUGUGGCGAUCUGCUGCACGAGGUCCAAGCUGGUGAGACCUCUCGCCGCCGACACGAGCACAAGAAGGAAAAGAGGAAAAAGAACAGUGGCCAUCACAGCCAGAACACGGAGCCCGAGCUGCAGAAGCUGGAGCAGCCUCAAGGCGUCUCCUCUGUUCACUUGGAGGAGACAGUGUUGCGGGGACCACAGCCGUGUGAACGGAGGGAGGAGCUGGAUACACCCAGGAACUGCAAAGGCCCCAACGAGGAAGCAAAGGAUCCGAAACAGUACUUUUCUACGGUACCAGUUAGCACUGGUGAUUUUAAAGACCAUGAGGUCGGGGACCUGGUAUGGGCUAAGGUGGGGACGUACCCUUGGUGGCCUUGCAUGGUGUCCCGCGAUCCUCAGUCCAAAGUUCAUACCCGGAUAAACACCAGAGGUCACCAGGAAUACCACGUCCAGUUCUUUGGCAGCGUGCCAGAGAGGGCAUGGAUCCAUGAGAAGAGGGUGGUGGUGUACCAGGGUCAGCAUCAAUUUGACGAGCUGCAGGCAGAGACCCUGCGAAAAACCUCCAAUCCUGUUGAAAGGCACAAGCUGUUGAAGCCCAUUCCUCAAAGGGAGCGUGUGCAGUGGGAAGUGGGCGUUGGCCACGCGGAGGAUGCCUUUCUGAUGACACGGGAGGAGCGCAUAGAGAAUUAUACAUUCAUAUAUGUGGAUGAGGUGCCGAGCACCUCACCGCCUCGGGCCGCCAAGGUGGGAAAGAAGGCGCGGCGAUCCCGUGGCAGUGGCCGGGAGGACAACUCCGGCUCCCCAGAAGGAGAGCAGCGUUCCACCCGGCAGCAGCCCCGCCGGCAGUCCAGCCAGAGUACCAAGGGGCCUGAGGAAGAUGAAGAUGAGGAGGAGGAGGAGGUGGAGGAUGAGCAAAACCGCCAGUUUCCGGUCCCCAAUGAACCCACGGAAGCCCAGCAGCAGUCUCCUCCAGUGAAGACGGCCUGGAAGACGGCGGCCGCACGCAAGCUGCUCCCUCUUUCUGUCACAAUGAAGAAGCUCAAUGUGGAGAUGAUAAAGUGUGAGUGGCCCUCGUCCAGGGAGCAGGCCCUCUCACCGAGGAGAAUGGAGGUGGAAGGCUGGCAGGACUGUGGCAGUAAGCCAGAGCUGAGCUCCAGAGAGCAGCAGCGACUGUUUGGCCCCCUCGGCCGGAGGAGCGAGUCCAGCCUUAUGCAGCACACGCUGAUUGAGGCCCCUGCAGGGCCACUGGAGCGCAAGCAGCAGCGCAGAUCGGUGCGGAGCCGCUCAGAGUCUGAGAAAGGUGCAGAACCUGUCCCAAAGAAGAAGCUGAAGAAGGAGCAGUCAGAAAUGGUUCCACAAACAGCUUUGAAGACUGGGUCUCAAAAAGGGGCCAGCGAGAUCUCUGACUCCUGCAAGCCCUUGAAGAAGCGGAGUCGGGCCUCCACCGACAUGGAGACGGCCAGUUCCCAGUACCGUGACACCUCUGACUCUGACUCAAGGGGCCUUAGCGACCCACAGGUACUCUUCGGGAAGGGUUUGGACAGUCCCAUGGCUGCAGAUGCCUCAGACACGCAGUCGGUGGACUCCAGCCUGUCCCGGCAAGGUGGCGUUGCCUCUAAGAAGGACACGGUCUGUCAGAUCUGUGAGGGCUAUGGGGAUGCCCUGGUGAGCUGUGAAGGUGAGUGCUGCAGGCUCUUCCAUUUGGAGUGCCUGGGCCUAAUGUCCCGACCAGAAGGGAGAUUCACCUGCUUGGAAUGUACCAACGGCUCCCACAACUGUUUUUCCUGCAAGGACCCUGGCGGUGACAUGAUGCAAUGCCUGGUCAGUGGCUGUGGCCGCUUCUAUCAUGAGGCUUGUGCCCGCAAGCACCCUGGCACCUCCAUCGAGCCCAGAGGCCUCUCCUGUCCUCAGCACUGCUGUGCUACCUGCUGUCUGGAGAGAGACAUGCAGAAAGCCAGUAAAGGUCGCAUGAUGAGGUGUAUGCGCUGUCCCAUAGCCUAUCACACGGGUGAUGGCUGUAUAGCUGCCGGCAGUGUGAUGAUCACGCCCCAUGUUAUCGUGUGUAGCAACCAUUCCAGCUCCAAACGCAAUGGACACUUAACCUCACCAGUAAAUGUAGGCUGGUGUUUCGUCUGUGCCCGAGGGCUGUUAGUGCAGGACCAUACUGACAACAUAUUAAGUUCUUAUGCGUAUAAGUCGCACUACCUUCUGACUGAGUCAAAUCGCGCUGAGUUGAUGAAAUUACCUAUGAUUCCUUCUUCUUCGUCAGCUACCAAAAAGAAUAUUGGGAAAGGGGGAAGACUGCUGUGCUGCGAGUCGUGCCCUGCCUCCUUCCACCCCGAGUGCCUGAGCAUUGAGAUGCCGGAGGGGGCCUGGUGCUGCAGCGAGUGCAGGGCGGGGAAGAGGCCGCAUUACAAGCAGAUCGUCUGGGUCAAGCUGGGCAGUUACAGGUGGUGGCCUGCAGAAAUCUGUAACCCCCGCCUUGUCCCUUUCAACAUCCAAACACUGAAGCAUGACAUUGGUGAGUUCCCCGUCUUUUUCUUCGGCUCCCAUGACUACUACUGGAUCGGCCGGGGCCGCGUCUUCCCCUACGUGGAGAGCGACAAGAACUUUGCAGAAGGCCAAAUGGGCAUUAGCAAGACAUUCAAAAAAGCCCUUGAGGAGGCAGCUAAGCGCUUCCAGGAGCUGAAGGCACAGAGGGAAAGCCGGGAGGCCCUGGAACAGGAGCGCAACUCCCGCAGGCCCCCGCCCUACAAGUUCAUCAAGUCCAACAAGCCUGUGGGAAAGGUGCAGGUGCACAUAGCAGACCUGUCAGAGAUCCCGCGCUGCAACUGCAGGCCGACGGAUGAGAACCCCUGCGGCCUGGACUCGCAGUGCCUCAAUCGCAUGCUGCAGUACGAGUGCCACCCGCAGGUGUGCCCCGCGGGCGAGCGCUGCCACAACCAGAGCUUCUCCCGCCGCCUCUACCCCGAGACAGAGGUCAUCAAGACCGAGGGUCGGGGCUGGGGGCUCAGGACCAAGCAGCACCUGAAGAAGGGAGAUUUUGUGUUGGAGUAUGUGGGUGAGCUGAUCGACUCAGAGGAAUGCAGACUGCGAAUCAAGCGUGCACAUGAGAACCACGUGACCAACUUCUAUAUGCUGACCCUAACCAAGGACCGCGUGAUUGACGCUGGGCCCAAAGGGAACUUUUCUCGCUUCAUGAACCACAGCUGCAGUCCCAACUGCGAGACGCAGAAGUGGACGGUGAAUGGGGACGUGCGAAUUGGGCUAUUUGCCCUGUGUGACAUUAUGACUGAGACUGAACUAACCUUCAACUACAACUUGGACUGCUUGGGCAAUGGACGAACAUCGUGCCACUGUGGAGCCGAGAACUGCAGUGGCUUUCUAGGGGUGCGGCCCAAGAGCGCGGUGGUGAUGGAGAAGGAGGAAAAGGCCCGCAACGCGAAGCUGAAGCCCAAGAAGCGGAAGCUGAAGCCGGAGAGUAAGCAGAUACAUGAGUACUUUUGCUUCCGCUGCGGAGAGGGUGGCGAGCUGGUCAUGUGCGAUAAGAAGGACUGCCCCAAGGCAUACCACCUGCUGUGUCUCAACUUGUCCAAGCCGCCGUUCGGUCGCUGGGAGUGCCCAUGGCACCAGUGCAGCGUGUGCCUGCGUGCCGCCUCCUCCUUCUGCCACUUCUGUCCCAACUCCUUCUGUAAAGACCAUGAGCAAGGCAUGCUGGUGCCCUCCGCCCUGGAUGGACGUCCCUGUUGCUCCGCCCACGACCCCCAGAGCCCCCUGGAGCCCCGGUCAGCAGAUCUCAGCCGAGUCAAGGUUAAAGAGGAGCCUCCGGAACUGGGAGAGUGAGGGUCCCCCUCACUGUUCACCUGCAGAAUUGUGGAGGCCAGGCGGAAAUAAGGCGUCAUUUUCGUAUAAGAUAAGAGGGUGGAGUAUAAGCAUUGAAACUUGCAGUGAGGAAGGCGUCACACGUGCCACGGGGCAGACUGGCGUCUUAGACUCAGCCUUGGCGUGCAGGUCGUUAGAGAGACGGGAACAACUAGGAGUGCGUGGCAGCUCAGCCUCUGGCAGUGCACAUUUACACAUUGUGAAUGAUGACUUUUAUUACAGAGAAAAGCCAGGUGUAUGUUGACCUUAAAUAGAAGUCUGCUUCGUGUUUUAAGCCUUGAUACCGUUUGCAUUCCACUACCUUACUGUGAAUCGUGGGAGUGCGUGCGGGUCAUGUGAGCUGGCUGGACGACGUCCGGGGAGCCUGACGCCUGCCAGGCCCUGAAGGAGGCGCCACGUCGAAUGCGCUCCUCUCGUAGACACUCAGCGGGCACUUCAGGAGCAUCCUGCCGCAGGAACCUCCUGCGUUAAGAAGCAGCCUUGGGAGGGAAGAGACAGCAAACACAUUUGGGGACUGAAGCAUAAGAAAAAAAAUACUGUGCAAUCUAAGGAAAAAAAACACUACAUUUCACGAUCAUGGCUGGGCGUACUGUUUUAAGGGGUCUUUGAGAGACUGCUGUCAGUGUCCGACGAGUUUGUUUACCAUGGGAUUAUUUUGAUAUAUUUAUAGAUGAAACAGUAUUUAUUUAUGUUUACACUCGCUUCCUGUCAAUCUUUCAGUUACAGGAGAUCCACCACAAUCUGUUUGUUGAACGGUUUUACAGUGUUGGUGACCUUUUAAAAAAUCGCUUUUCAGGUUUCAGGUGAAUUAUGUUCACAUAUUGCGUGUCAUAUUAAAAAUUGUCCCGCCAUGAAGUCAGCUUGAAGUUUUGCCAAAUUGAAAUCCAUGUAGUAUUUGUCCCUAUUGGAAAAAAAGCCCCUUGAGGUAUUAUGAAAUGGGUCCAUCGUGGACAACCGGAGCAGAAUAAGCAUUUAAAAUGAUUCCCUUGCCUGCUCCAUACAUUCGUCCGUUUGAUAAGCCCUGCAACCGUGACAUUACAGAUGACCGUGGUAAUCUUGGGUCAGAAUGUUAUAUGGCUUUUCUGAGAUUGUGAUUUUAAUCCCCAGUCAUAAAAAGAAUUCAAGUAUUCUGACAGUGCUUUGAGGAAAAUCAAACGUCUGAUCUCUUGUUAAUACCCCCCCACAUGUCUUAUAGAUGGGUAAAAGUAAAGCAAGAAUUUCCAGGAAGUGAAGCAGUUUUUUGUCUUAGGUUUUUCUUUCCAGCAAAGAUUACUGCAGGAUUUGCACAUUUUACCUCCAAACAACCUCAUUGCAUAGCUAUUAAAGGACUUUCUUUAAUUCUGUAGAAAAACUUAGAGCGGUGAUGCACUGAUACAGCCUCUUACGGUAUCUUGACAAAUAUUUUACUAUCCUUCUCCCCCAACCAGCUGUGUCCAACUGCACAAUCUUCAAAUUUUUUGAAUGUUGAAUUGGACAGGAUUUAAAAGUUUUCCAGAAUAUAUCCCUUAAUGCUACAUUUUGCAGUACCAAACAUUAGAAUAUAUCUUGAAAACUUUGCCCUUAAGUGCUGAUACACUGCCGUUCCGCAUAUAGUGAUAAUUUCAUACUGUUAGAUUAGUUCACUCAGAUAAACUGCUAACCGUAAUACAGCAAAAAGCACCAUCUCUAUUCGAAGUGUUAAUAUGAGAUUUUGUUACAUUGUGAUGCCUUUCCUAUGUCCAGUGUGUAGAGUAUGUUACCCGAUGUUGACUUGUGUAUCGUACAUUAUUUUUCAUUAUUUUCCCUAGUGUCUUCUUUGUGUCUUUCUAUGCCUUGAAAUCUUUUUAAUCAAAUGCAUAUCACAUUUUUUUUUUUUCCUCCCAUAAUCGCAAUGUUUAGUUGUUUAGCACAUGAUAUUGAGAAAUGUAUUGGCUCGCACCCUUUUGUAUCUGUUUUUUAGAUGCAGUAUUUUUAAAACACUAAUAGAAAGAUGACUUUCUCGAUUAACCAAAACUAAAAAAAGGAUGUUUUUUCAUGAGCCUUGUAUUUUUGGCAGUAGUAACUUUUUUCUUUUCUUUUCUUUUUUUUUUUAAAAAAUGUGUUGGAUCUGCUGCCGCUGAAAUAAGUCCUCUUUCUGGGUGAGAUGUUCACCUUGCCUUGUUUAAUGCCUGUAUUAUGAUAGCGGUGGAACAUAUUAAGGUGAAAAUGUGGUCGUGGAUGUGUUCAUCCUCUGUGUGAAUGCGUUGGCACUUUUAAUUUCUUUUUCAUACAACUAUAUCUGACUCUCCUGCCCUCUUCCCUGGUACAUACGUGAGCAUUUAUGUUUAUAAUACAACAAUCAUAUAAAUCAUUUUGGGAUUUUUUUUAAUCCUAUCAUUGCAGUGUUUCUGAAAAUGCUUGUAGGAAACAGGUCCAGCAAUUUUACAGUGGUCUCUGUAACAUUUUUAUGUAAAGUCACUUUACUCGUUAGGAUGUUAGAUUUUUUUUUAAAUUCAUGUUUACUUGAAUUUUUGUUCAUUGUGUCUCUUAUUUAGCAGUGUAAUGUACUACAGUAAAUGUGAAAUUAAUGUCAAUUAGUGUAAUUAUUUUAUUGGUGUUGUUACAUAUGGGGGGGUAACCAGAUGUGGUUUCAAAGCCUGGGAAUCCAGAGGUGUCUUUUAUAACUUUGUUUCUCUUACCUUCAAAAAUCACAAGACAUUGAAGUUUAUCCAUUUUAUGUCUUUACUUUUUAUUUUUGUAUAUUUUUAUUUAUAAAAUUGUAAUGCUUUCUGACCUAUUUUUACACAUAAAAUAGUGUGAAUGCACAUUAACAGUCUAAACACAUCCUUUGUUGGUUCUAUAUUUUAAGUGCACACACGCAUUCACGUGCAUUGUAAUCUGGCGGGAGUGCACCGUAGUGAACCACUCCGUGUGCUACGUGGUGCAUUGUAUUUUAAAGCCCAUUUCAAGUCAGCUUUCUGUAAAUGUCAAAUGUAUAUUCUUUGAAAACAUUAAAGAAAUGUUUAUACAUGUA